GUCUAUGAAUCUGUUCCUGAGGCCGUCUCUGAGCCUGUUCGAGUCUAUAAGUCUGUUCCUGAGCCUGAGUCCGUUCCUGAACCCAAGUCUGUUUCUGAGUCUGUUCAAAUCUAUAAGUCUGUUCCUGUACCAGAGUCUGUUCUUGAGCCUGAGGCUGUCUCUGGGCCUGUUCGAAUCUACAAGUCUGUUCCUGUCAAUGAGUCUGUGCACUCUAAACCUGUGCCUGUCCACAAACCUGACACAAAGCCUACUCCUGAGUCUAUAUGCCUUGUCAGUUUUGAGAAGUCUACCUAGCCCUGCUUUGCUGCUGAUCCGUCUUGGGAGUUUCUGGUUCUAUCUGCCUGUCUCUGGUGGUCGUCGGCUUCACCCUGGAAACCUUCUGUUCAGCGUGCACCACCCUGGAGACCUUCUGUUUAGCGUGCUCUGCCCUAGAGACCUUCUGUCCAGCAUGCACUGCCCUGGAGACCUUCUGUCCAGCAUGCACUGCCCUGGAGACCUUCUGUCCAGCAUGCACUGCCCUGGAGACCUUCUGUCCAGCAUGCACUGCCCUGGAGACCUUCUGUCCAGCAUGCACUGCCCUGGAGACCUUCUGUCCAGCAUGCACUGCCCUGGAGACCUUCUGUUCAGCAUGCUCCGCCCUGGAGACCUCAGAAGGUCCAACGUGCUCCGCCCUGGAGACCUUCUGUCCAGCCCGCUCCGCCCUGGAGACCUUUUUUCCAGCAUGCACCACCCUGGAGACCUUCUGUCCAAUGUGCUCCGCCUUGGCCAUCUUCGUCUUUACAAUCUCCCCACAUCCAGCUUACUGGUCUCUGGCUUUCAGCUUUGCUUCUCCUCCUGCGUCUGUUUCUGCUCCAUGGUCCUGGCCCACCUUCCCGCCCCCAGAUCUGCCUCCACUCCACCUCCCACCAGUUCUUCUGUGUUGGAGCAUCUGGAAGCCGCUCCUUCAAGGAGGGGCUAUAUUACAUCUGUCAGCUGCGGAUGCAAUUGUUUACCAGCAGAUGGCAGCCUUCCUUAUCACACUCUUAUCACACUUAUUCCUGGACUCCAUUUCCCAGAACUCUCUGCUCAUUAUUAGUUUAUCAGUUUCAGCUGUGUCUUGUUUGAACCAUGUAAUUAACUCUGUCUUUUUAUACUCCUCUAGGCUUUGUGUCAGUAUGAAGUCUUGUUUUUGUGUUUUGUGUUACUGACAGUUUUCUGAGUAGUCUUGUUGUUCCUGGUUCUGAUAUCUGCCUUGUCUUGGAUUUGGAUUGAUAACUUGUGCUUUGACCCUCUGCCUGGUUUUUGGACUAUGACUGUGGAUUGUAUUUUCUCAUUAAACUGCACCAAAGAGCUUAGAACCCAAGAGGCGCCACUUUGAUACUUUUUGUGUAACAGCCAUUAGAUGGCACUCCGGUAGCGCGGCCGCCAUUAUGGGCUGAAAAUACUAACUGGACCAUAGAAUCCUUCACAACUUAUGCACCCAAAACCAGUGAAUUUCACUGCCAAAUCAGAAGCGCAAUAGAACAGGUGUUUGUGUGUGUGUGUGUGUGUUUUUUUUUUUUUUUUUUUUUUUUUUUUUUUUUAAUUAAGUCACCAGUAAAUUGUAUAGCUCCUACAGUAAAUGUUGUAUUGUCUUAUAUGUUUUACUUGACCAGUUGUGGAAUCCAACCAAUCAACCAUCUGAGGUAACGUAGUUAGCCUACUGUAUUGAGUAUUUCCAUUUUAUGCAACUUUAAACAUUUAUUAAUAGUAAAUUAAUAAUUAAUAAAUUUAAGAUCAUCAUGUUUGCAGCGAACAAUAUAUUUUAGACCUAGUGGAAUAAUAGUAAUAAUAUCUAGGUCUGAACUGAAAUAGGCUAUAUUGUACGUUUUAAUGGAUCACACUACAAACAUAAUGAUCUUAUAAUACAUGAUGCAUUGCUGUGUCCGUUAUCGCAUAAAUUCCCACUUUUGUACACUUUUGCUUUAACGGACAUAAGACAACACUGCAAAAUCAAGCUGUUAUAUUUAUUGUCCAACAUUCCCAAUUUUUCUGAUGCAUGUCCUUAAUUUAAUUUCACAUGUUGGUAAUAAUUCAGUGUUUAUAAGCCUUUUAAAGAAUUUUAACCCAAACUGACUGGGUUUCUAGAGAGCAAAGGUUUUGUGAAAAAAGUGGAAGACUUAAAUACAAAGUGUGUAAAAUAAACCGUAAAAAGGAUUUGAUGAUCAGUAGUGAUAGUAUUUUAUUCUGUGUUGUCAUCAUUCAGGUUGGAUUUCAGCUUUAAUGUACUUUUUUUUUUUUUUUUUUUAACAAAGCAGCUGAUAUUGCCAUAGAAACUAGUGAACUGCCGACUCGCUUUCACCCCAAAAUGGUGGAAACGCAGGGCCGCUGCUGGGCGCCGGUGUUUCAAUGGUCAACUAAAUAUAAGAUUUUGGUCAACUAAAUCUACAGUAGAUUUAGUUGACUAAAAUCUAAAGGGUUUAGUUACAUUUGUAAUGCAAAAUACACUGAUAUACAUAUAUUCUCCUAAUUGUGUCACAGAGACGAACUCCGUGAUUCCCUCCUCUGGCCAUCAGAGGAAGCCUUCGCCGGAAUACUGACACACACAUUCUCACACACGCACUACAUUUCCCACAAGCCCCGUACCUUGGCGCUGAUUGACACACCCAGCUGCUGUGCAUUACCUGGACUAUUUAAGCCACACUCAACUUCGCUAUCAUUGCGAGGUCUUGUAUUGCCAUGGUGUACAUUUUUGAGCGUUCUUUAUUCUGACUGUCUGCCUGUUGUUGAACCUGUUUAAUCCCUGUUAAUGAUUCUCUGCUGCCUGCCCUUGGACUAUUUGCUGUUUACUGGACUUGUGAUUCUUAUCUGCCUGCCCUGAUCUACUGCCUGUUGUAAGACUACGAUUCUGCCUUUUCCCUGCCAUUCCUGUUUGACCACUGCCUGUUUGACUACGAGAUCUGUUAAUAAAGCCUGCAUAUGGAUCCCACUUCAUGUGAUGACUCGUUACAAACUGUUUAUGUUCACUUAAGACAACCAACUGUACUUUACUCGGCAAAACAGACGGUUUUUGACCGUUCAAGUGCGAAAAGACAUGAAAGAGAGCUCAAUUCAGUACUUGUCAGGGAUUGACACACUUAUCAUUGAGGUACUAUUAUAGUUUUUGUUUAAAAUUUUGAUUAGAUUUGAUUUUUAGUUUUUCUGCUUUCAUUGAAAUUUAAGUUGAAAGUUUUAGUAAUUUGUGUGCUUGUCUUUUAGUUUUUGCUUUUAAAUGUUUAUAUAGUUUUUACUUCUGUUUUAGUUAUUUUAGUACAACAGGUUAAGCUAAAGCUUAGAAACUAGAUGAAAUAAAAAGUUAAUUUUUUAUAUAUUUUUUUUAUUUCAGUUAAUGUUUAUUUUGUUUCAAGUAAUUAAGUUUUUUUUUUUUGUUUGUUUGUUUGUUUUUAAUAUAUCUUUAGUUAACUAACCAUUAUACUUGUAAAAUCUAUAUAUUGAAUAAUGUGUCAAAUGUUCUUAGUCUUUCCUUCCUGUGACAGAAGAUACAGUAGUUUACUAUGAAUGAAAUAGAAAUUAAAUUAAUUAUAGUUUAUUGUGAAAACAAAUUAACAAUAAUGACCAAGGGGAAAAAAAUAAUUAUAAACCAUCCCAAAAUCUGCACUGUAGCAGGCUGCUCAUUUAAGUUCAGAUGAGGGAGAUAAAAUAUGCAUUCUUACAACCGUCUAAAACAUAUUGCCAUAUAAACAUUGUGUAGUAAACAUUGUCAUAAUUCAUUAACAUUAACUCAUGUACCUAUAAGUACAGCUGCAGUAAAAUUAAGUACAACUGAAGGUUUGCAAUUUAAUGAAGUAUAAAUACAGUAUAACUGCAGUUCAGUGAUACUGAAAUGCCUGUAUAAAUCUACCACUCAUACUACAUUACUGCAGUUGUGGUUACAGUACUACUGUACAGCAAAUAAAAGCAUGCGGACCACAAUGCAACAUUAACCCAUAUGCUAUUUAAAAAAAAAAAAAAAAAAAUUGUCUUAAUCUAAAUGGCAUGAGAUUUGGUAACUUUGUGGACACUUGCUGUAUUAAAGGCUCCUUUAAGAGGAACUUUUAUUUUGAAACCGUAGUCUUUUUAUUGUUCUGGUAGUGAGCUGCCGCUAUCUGCUGUGCGAUCUGUCAGCUGUAAAGACGUUAAUUCCUGUUUGUUUGUGAUAAUUGCUGCAGAUGUAACAUCAAGAUGUUAGUCACUGACCCCAAAAAAUGUCUCCAGCUCUUUCUGCAGUGCCCAGAACUGCUCCAGUGCCUUGCCUUUACUAAGUCUAAAGUCUUAGGACGGAGUACGUGAAAUUUGUGGCGGCGCUGGUAGACCGGCUGGACCAUUGUGAGACAGGCAGGAAGAGUCGUUGUGAAGACAAAAGACUACUACGUGAAAUUGCGGCGCCGGCUGAAUCAACGUGAGACAAGGCGGGAAGUGUUGUGAAGAUGAAAAGCAUAUGUGAAAUUGCGGCGCUGGCAGAAGGGCAGAACCAUCGUGAGACAGGCGGAAAGAGUCGUCGCAAUAAAGAAGGCCCUUUUCUUUAUAGCAUGUGGUUUUAAGAUUUAAGAUGAUAUGUAUUCGCUGGUUACUGUUGUAUACUGCUACUAAUUAACUACUUUAAGUACUUUAACUCUUCAAACUUUUAUUUUUAUAUUUCCAUCAUUUAUUUUUCACUGGCACAAUGUGUUAAUGUGAUUUUAGUGGUAUGACUUUAAUUGUAUUUUGUUAAUUGAUGAAAUUAAUAUGCUGGUAAAUCUGUAUUGAAGUUCAGCUAUGAAACGUAAAAGAUGAAACCUAAAUAAAGUUGAUGUGAAGCAAU